CCUCCUCCAUGUGACUUUACUGGAGAAAUCGCGUUUGCUCGUUUUGAUGGAAAUUGUGCAAUUUUUAGACAGCGACACUCUUUGCCCGUCCUUGUGUCUCCAGACGCACCAGUGUGGCUCAUUUAGCCGUGAUGACAUCAUGAUGAGGACUGGGGACACUGGUCUUUCUACUCGAAACAAACCAAAAAUCCAAUCACUGCACAGUCACACUACAAUUGAUUGACAGGCAACUACAUGUUUGAUUGGUGACCAAUAAUCGAUUCGCAGUCGCACGCGCGGCGUACUGUGAGGUUUCAUCUUGUUUACAAAGAUAGCUAAAAACACUGCUGAGCGGGGAAGGCGAGCCUCAUGAGUCGGCCUCGUGGAUUGCAUCGACAUUAUGGAUUUAACUAAAAUGGGUAUGAUCCAGCUCCAGAACCCCAACCACCCCACUGCCCUGCUGCAGAAGGCCAACCAGAUGCGUCUGGCCGGGACUCUCUGUGACGUGGUCAUCAUGGUGGACAGCCAGGAGUUCCACGCUCACCGGACUGUGCUCGCCUGCACAAGCAAAAUGUUUGAGAUCCUCUUCCACCGCAGCAGCCAGCAUUACACCCUGGACUUUCUUUCACCAAAGACUUUUCAGCAGAUUUUGGAGUAUGCUUACACUGCCACACUCCAGGCCAAGGUGGAGGACUUAGAUGACCUUCUGUAUGCAGCAGAGAUCCUGGAGAUUGAAUACCUGGAGGAGCAAUGCCUCAAGAUCCUGGAAACCAUCCAGUCCUCAGAUGAGAAUGACGUGGAGGUCAACGUUAACGAUGGGAGCACAGAGGACGAUGAUGAGCGCAAAGGCCACAAUGGAGCCAAGAACUCCAAAAAGCAUUCCAUGGAGAGCCCCUGUCUGUCGAGUGCCCAGCAAGCCUCCAUCAUGGCUAGCAUGGUGGACCAGAGUCCCUCGGUCUCCACCUCCUUCGGCGUCUCCACCCUGAGUCCCACCAAAGCUGCCGUGGACAGCCUGAUGAGCAUCGGCCAGUCUCUGCUCCAGCAGGGCUACGGGGGUGAACAUCUCAUCCAUGGCAACUCCCACCACCUGAUGACCGAGAUCAAGACGGAAAUGAUGCAAGUGGACAUGGGUGGGAACGGCCACGACAGCCCUCCGAACAUGGAGUCCAGUGCUUCCAGCAAUGGAGAGCGAAGUGGUGAGGACAGGAACCGAGAUGGUCCAGGAACACCAACCAGGAGCAGCGUAAUCACCAGUGCCCGCGAGCUACAUUACGUCCGCGAUGAAGGCAUGGGCGACCCUCAAGCUGACGCCAGCCAGAUGGGGCUGGAAGCAAUGGCCGGGAUGACGGAGAAACAUCUGGCCUCGCUCUACUCCCUACCUGUCAAUCAUAAAGCAGAUGCCAUCAUGUCCAUGCCGGCAUCCAUGGCCUCCGCUCUCCCAAUGUCCCCAGCCCUGGCAAUGUCUAUGGACUUCAGUGCCUACGGGGGACUCCUGCCUCAGAGCUUCAUCCAGAGAGAGUUCUUCAGCAAGCUCGGGGAGCUGGCAGUGGGCAUGAAACCAGACGGCAGGAACCAGCACGAACGUUGCAACGUUUGCGGUGCAGAACUACCAGAUAACGAAGCUGUGGAGCAGCACAGGAAGAUGCACAGUGGAAUGAAGACCUACGGCUGUGAGCUGUGUGGAAAGAGCUUCCUGGACAGUCUCCGUCUACGGAUGCAUUUGCUGUCUCAUUCAGCUGGUGAGAAGGCCAUCGUUUGUGACCAGUGUGGUGCCCAGUUCCAGACAGAGGAAUCCCUGGAGGCUCAUCGGCAGAUCCACACCGGCUCCGACAUGGCCAUCUUUUGCCUGCUUUGUGGGAAGCGUUUCCAGACCCAGACAGCACUGCAGCAGCACAUGGAAGUCCACGCCGGCGUUCGCAGCUACAUUUGCAGUGAAUGCAACCGGACUUUCCCCAGCCAUACUGCACUCAAACGUCACCUACGCUCACACACAGCAGGGGACCAUCCAUUUGAGUGCGAGUUCUGCGGGAGCUGCUUCCGAGAUGAGAGCACGCUGAAGGGCCACAAACGCAUCCACACCGGGGAGAAGCCCUAUGAAUGUAACGGCUGUGGGAAGAAGUUCAGCCUCAAGCACCAGCUGGAAACCCACUACCGUGUGCACACAGGUGAGAAGCCAUUCGAGUGCAAGCUGUGCCACCAGCGAUCCAGGGACUACUCGGCCAUGAUCAAGCACCUGCGCACCCACAACGGCGCCUCGCCCUACCAAUGCACCAUCUGCCUGGAGUACUGCCCCAGCCUGUCAGCCAUGCAGAAGCACAUGAAAGGCCACAAGCCCGAAGACAUCCCGCCAGACUGGCGCAUAGAGAAGACCUACCUGUACCUCUGCUAUGUCUGAGGCCGGGAGAGCGAAUGAAGAGAGGGAGGGUACGUGUGAGGGUAGGGGGCAGGGGUUGAGAGGUAAGGGGAAUGUAAUUCAGCGGAUAGGAGGCUGUGGUGGAGUGUUGACGAUGUAGGAACGUCAACGGCAAGAGACUCGAAAGCAAGAGGGUUUGUUUUCUCUUUUUACUUUUCAUGCAAAGGCGGCGGCGACCAGCGGGGUAAAAGGGUGGUGAUUGUGGGACAGAAGUGCUAAGGAGAGAAAGACUUGGACACGGAGAGAGAUUCUCCACCAUAGUUCGGAUUCACCGGGUCAUUCACUACAUCUGCAACUGUGUUAUUGUUUCAGGUCAUUUCAUGCAGCGCCAUACAGCGAGCGAGCUGCAAGGAAGUGACUUUUUGGAUGCUGCUGCGAGUGAGAAAGCAGAUUCUCAAGGGCUAUCUGAACCUGCACAUCCUUGCCAUCACUCCAUUUUGAGUUCUUUUACUUUCCAAACGGAGGAAAGGCUUUUUUUUUUUGUUUUACUUUGGUAUUGGUUUGUUUACAUUUGCCUUGCUUAGUCAUACUAGUUUGGAUCACAUGAGCAAUAUGUGAAUAUGAGCAGCAGUUUAGGCCCCCAUUAAAUGAUGUCAUGGGUUGCUUUCCAAGUAUUGAGGAACUGCUGGCUUUCAGAAGCCAAAACCCUUCUUGUCAUGGUAGUUAUCUUGUAGGAGAAUUGAGAUGUUAUUUUCAACAGUUUUCAACUCAUCAAGAAGCAUUUGAAGAGCUUGAGUGAACUGCUUCAGGUGAGCAAGCCCCUAAUUCUUCCCAUCCCUAACAGGAGAUGUAUCUGUUUUGCAAACUUGUGUCAUUUCUGCCUGUGCAUUAGACACAGAUCUUCCCAAUUUUCUGCCUGUACCAUACCCAGAUCCUUUGGAUCCCAGCGGUGGCAGUGAGAUAGCCCCUGAGAAUCAGCAGCGGAGCGGAGCCGGUGGGCAUAUGCAGUACAUGAAACAGUUGAACUGGAUGAAUGGGAGCACUAAAAUACUGCAAACCAAGCACCUGUUUGGUUGUUUGGGUGGGGGGGGGGGGGGCGGAGAAGAUGCUAGUGCUGCUUUUUUUGUUGGAAGUCUCCCCAGUUUUCUCAGUUGUCUUCCUGGUCCUGCAUCUCUGUCGGAUGAGGGCUGGAGAAGGUCGAGUCACCACUGGCCACCCGUGGUUCUCCGCAGAGAGCCAACUUGUGUCACUUUUUUCAUCUUGUAUUUUUUUAGCUCUGCAUCGUACAGCAGUUUAUCAUGGCUUGAUUGCACAGGUAAAAAAGAAAUUACGACAACAGUCUCUGUUUGAUGUCUGCAAGUUAUAUAUUUUUUCAUUAAAUCAUAACUCGCUAUCACAGUAUGCCACAUUAAACCCUGCAUAUCCACCUACUCAGCAAUAGAUAACUGGACUGCUUUUAUCCAUGUACAUUUAACCAGAUUACUAUCAUUAUCUCACACUAAUGAUGAACUACACAAACUGACACAUAAGCAGUUAACACUUGUACGCCACAAUAGAUCUGUCCAUUCACCACAGUGAUGGAAAACAAAAUGGGAAAAGGCUGCUUUCCGUGGGAGUCCUGUGACUUCGACUGCUCGUUGUGAAUGUUGAAGAAGUGCUGGGAAUGCCUUAGCCGCACCCUUGUUGUCAAACGUGGUGUGGCAGGUUAAAGACUGUUAUAUGGCAUCAAAACAUGAAUGUGAAAGACUGUGAGCCGGGUUCUUACUAGGCUGUCGUCAGAUACACAGCAGGUCAAUGCUGCCUUUCACUGGAAGUCAGAAACCUGUAACUCCCAGCUUGGAGGUGGUUUUUAGUCUCCAUGCCUUGGUUCAGACUUUCUUCAUCAGAAUACUAUACUCUUCAUGCAACAGCUCGUGCGUUAGCUAGCUAGCUAGCAGCUCUAAAUGCUAUUUUACAUUUGAAAUAGAUAUAUGUAAUCAUUCACCACCAGGUGUUAUGAUAAAUGGGAUAAAAUGGUCUUGAUGAAAGGGCUGAAACAGAUUGCACAUCAGGGCCUUGAGGUCAUGUGAUCUUCAAAUUCAAACUUUAGUGAACAUUGAAGCAAGGCUGGAUUACUAACAAAGGUUACGAUAUUGUAACCCUAGUUCUGUUAGCACAGGGUCUGCCCUCGACUGGACUCAAAGGGUAAUGCUCUCCUCUAAUCACGAGCAGACAUUCAUCCACUGAAAUCUGGGUAAAUGUAACCAGCUAAUCAGAAUGUGCCUUCUCAAAUAUGUGUAGAGCCCACAACAUGUAUAGGAGGCUAGUGACCAUGUCCUAACAGCAAGCGAGCAUCUGACUAUCGCACCACAUCAUGUUAUAUCGUACGCUUUCAGUCCACACUGGAUCUGCUAAGUAUGUGUGUGGUCUCAGAGUAACCACUAAAAGGAUGGUCAAACACGUGCUGUCUUACUAUUCAUAUUCGUACCAGUAUUAUCAUGGGUAAUUAUAUCAUUGUUGUAUACAUACUAUAUCAUACCACCACCUCCACUUUGUAAAACGACCUUGUGAAUCUGCUGUUCCUCAUCCAUUGCAGCGCUUUCAACACAGAAAUGGCAAAUGGAAAUGUGGCAUCCAACAAAAGUUUUGUUCAAUGCGGUGUGCCGCAUUGCACUGCUUUUGGGGCAGUCCAGUAGGUAAUAAGUGGGCUGAUGGGCCAGAUUGUUCACAUUGCUCCAUUUUGGCCCCACAUGGGUUAUGCUACCUGGGUACCAAGUGGGUAUGGGCCCAAAAUGGGGAUCUUAUCUGGGGCCCACUUGGGUAAACCCAUCCAUGUUGGCAAUGGGUGUGGGGCCAAUAUAAAAUAAUGUGGACAAUCCGUCAUACAGCUCCUAUAUACAUUGUGGGCACCGCAUGUAUUCGUUUAGGCACGUUCUGAUUAGAUGGCACAUUUAUGCAGAUUUCAGUGGGCGAAUACGUGGAGGAGAGUAUUACCUAUUGAGUCCAGUAGAGGGCGGAGCCUGUGUGAGGUUGAACUGGGCAAAACAGGAGAGGGCCCCCAGUCCAUCAGGGGCCACAGAAGCCUUUUUGUCUGAGAGUGUGCACCACUGGAGAAGAGUAGCAACUGAAAUAAGGAUCUAAAGGUGGGUCCUGCGUUAUCUGAGGCUCCUUACCUGUAGUUAUAUCACAAAUAGUGUUUAAAUGGUACAUAUUUGCAUUUCAGUUACCACUGUGGUCAUGUUAAAAGUAACAUGUAGCAUUUACAGUGUAUGUUGCGAUGCUGACAUGACCACAACUCUGCGUACAGCACAAACUGAAAAGCUCGUUUUGUUGAGAGGGAGGUGGGAAUUUCCGAUUUUCUGACGUCUCUGAAAUGCAGCAUUAGACUUGUAGGACUACAGCCACAGGUAUUAUGGGUGAACCUAAGGCUUUAAUGAGCAUCACUGCACGUCACAACGUUACCGGGUUGAUCACAUAUCCAAAUGGCCGGUGGAAAAAAAAAAAGGGGGAAAUCACUGAUAGGACGAGACACUGCCCAGCAGCUUAGGGGGCGACCAGUAAGACGACAGAAUAAAUCAACUCUUUCUCUGUGGUUUUGUCCCUGCGCUUCGUCUCUCUCGUCUCCUGUUGUUGUUGUUGUUGUUGUUGUUGUUAUUAUUGACCUUGAGUUUGAUCUCAACACAUCGUACUUGAAUUACCUCGUUUUGUGACCUCAUGUUGCUUGUGUAUUUUAAUUUUCCCUUUUGUUUCAUUUGUACACUUUUUCGUGUGUUCAUGAGUGUGUGUCGGAAAGACGCAUUGCACGACGUGAUGACGCAAUGCGUACACAGAAAAAUUAAGUGCCACGGUGAAGAGAUUUUUUGUUUUUUUUGUUUUUCUAAUGUUGUGUAUUUCUUUGUGCAUUACUUGUUACCAAACUUGGUAUUAUUAACCCCGCUUGUUAAAGAGCCGGAAGGUUUGGUCAUUUGUUAUAAAAGCUACCUCUAAGUUGUUCCAUUAUUUUUGGCAAAAGCACAUUUUUUUGUGUUUGUGUUUUGCAUUAUUUCAUCAUUGCUACUUCAUCUCAUGCUUUUUUUUUUUUCAAAAGUUGAUUUAUGAUUGUCUGUUUUUAAGCAAAAUGUAUAUAAAAGCGUAAGAGAUAACAAAAGUAGAGGUUGAUAGGAUUUGGAAAGUCAUUCAAAUGGACGUUUAUUCUUCUCUUAUAGUCUCCCCCUGCACCUCCAACCACAGAAGAGCAGAGAAAAAAAAAAGCAAUUUUGAAGCCUUAAGUGAUGAGUAAGAGGGAUGCGGCAGAUAAGAGGAAGUACUAUUGCUUUUUAAGAGGGUUUAAAAACAAGAAUUAAAACUUGAAAAUAUGUGAAUAGAAGUGUAGUUUUGUAAUGUGAAAAAAAAGGAAGGUUCAUCAAAAAAAAACAAAAAAAAAACGCUGAACCGCCCAGGACAGGUCAUAUUUGCAGUGAUGCAGAGUGCGUUGGACAAUUGGAACUGCAAGUGGUAAUCAACACAAGAAAAGAAAAAAAAAAAGAAAAACCAGAAGGUUAAAAAUAGAGAUUCUCUCGGCUGACAAGCUCCUCUUGAGAAAUGAGCGUAUUCCUGAACAAGAGCCAACAGAGGCAAUUUGAUAUAUAAAAAUUGUGAUAUUUUUGUAUUCAGUGUCAGUCCUUUUUCCAUUUGUGGAGGGUUACAGCAGGGCACAAAUAUUUGUAUUUCUUUUUUUUUUUUUUUACCUGUUUUUUUUUUCUCUCUCUGGGUGUGAAUCAUUUUUGCCUUGCUCCUCUUUGAUAUUGUUGGACAAAAAAACAUGUGUGUGAACAUAUUGUAAUAAUAAGUGUUGCUUUCUGGAUGUCAAUUGCAUUGUAGGUGAAGGACUAAAUCUAUCCGCCACAAAUUUUACGAGUGUGUGUGUAUGUGAUGAAAAAAAAAAAGGUUAAAAAAAAAAAAGAUGAUAAAAUACGGGACGGCAGAAGGGCGCUGCCAAACCGACCAAUUAGUACUUGUCAUUCACAAUUUUUCAAUCAAACUUGACUGUCGACAUGUCUUUUGUUUUUGUAUUUGAAAAAAAAAAAAAAAGAAGAAGGGAUGGCACGUCCCGUGGUGUCUUGCCAUUUUAUUCUCGAACACUGUGAGCUGAGGGGAUUUUUCACCCUCAUAUAAUAUCCACCCACUAUAAUAUACGCAGUCACAGCUCAGUCUGAACCUCCACAAUGCAAGACCUGAUCAGUCACAUUAUUCCUAUCAUCGUCCUCUGAAUGUUUUCUACUUUUUCGUGCGGGUGAAAGAGUGUGUAAAAGAGUGUGUAACUAUGUUGCGUGCGUGCGUGUGUGUGUAUUAGUGGAAAAAUGCACUAAUCAGAUCAGAUACAAAAUAAAAUGAUACUCUAUGCCACUUUUUUUCUCUAUGUUGGAAAAAAAUAUAUAUAUACAUUGGCAUCGAUAUAGUUCUUCCCUCAGUGUUCCUCCGAUGUUUCUGUACUAUUUGUGCCUAAAAAUGGAAUUUGUUCAACAAAAAUAUCCAUCUAUAUCUGCUUAGUUUCCGUAUUUUCAGAAGAAAAUAAAAAUGGUGUCUCCAGCACCCUAGGGAUGUCAUGACGCUCGCAAAUGACCUGAUUUUUUGUUUUGUUUUGUUUUGUUUUGUUUUGUUUUUUAAUCCUGAAUAGAGCAGGGUGUCUUUUUCAAGGACUGCAAUAAACCCUUAAUGCUAUUGAAAUAGCAACUGGGAUUCUGCAUUCACUUCUUUUCUUUGUGAUUGGCACCCAAAAGCAUUCAUUUAGCGCCACAAAACAAAGCGUAGGGAGAAUUUACUGGAAUCCAGACAGAGACUGUCGGGACAAAAUCUGCUCCAUGAAAUUGUUUUUUUGUUUUUUAUUCUGCAGGCAAAUUAAGCCCCAAGUCCUCCUCUCUUUUUUUGUCAGCAACAGGUUUGCUGAUGAGAACUUUAUAUUGCUCUUGAAAAAUAUAAGACUAAAAACCUCCAUUUGGGUAGGUUGGCACUAGGGUAUUCCCCUUCUGCUUUGCUUCAGUUUUUAAGUACUUUUUCUUUUCUACAAAAUGCAUUUAGAAGGGGAUGUUAAAAUUCGUCAGAGAGGAAUCAUGGCAUCCCUGGAGCUGGCACUCUGUGUUUUGGUGUGGUGUUUCUAGAACAAAGUAGCCAUUUCAUGCAGUGUUGCAAUGCAUGUGCCAUCGAGGUCUAGACUAAAAACUGUUUUGAGUAACAAAGCACCAAGACAUUGUAUUUUUUUAUAUUAGCACUGAGGACCAAUUGCCCUGUCGGACCAAGCAUAACAAAGCUUUUUAUGUAACAAAGCUUUUCUCUCUCUCUGUCUUUCCCUGGCUUGUCUGUGCUACUUCUCUCCUCCAUUGUUGUGACAGCACAAGUGCCAGUCAAGUUGCUCUGUAUUAAGAAAAUAGUGUUUUUAUUAUGAUUUGAAUUGUUAUAGUUUUUGUCUACCUCAGCACCUAAUCUUAGCCUAAUCUUAGAAGGUGCCCAAUUAUUAUUUUUUAUUUUCUUUAUUUUGUUCUCUUACUGUUGUCAGUUGUAUGAUUUUUUGAAAAAUUUGCAUUAGAGCUUUGCAAAGGUCCUUUGUCUUUUCCAGCGACAACGUGCUAUUUUUUUCCGUGGCAGUACGUUUCCUGUUGAGCUGUGCCACCAAUCUAUAGCCACCGUCUGUUGAUAUAGAGGUUGUUCUUUUUUGUUUCUUUCCAUGUAGAAUCAGACACCUCUCUUUGUAACAUUUCAGUGUUCUCUGAUGGAGUGUGAAAAAAAAAAUAAAAAGGAAAAAUAAAAGAUUUAAUGCUGCA